AUGACUUGGGGCCUUUGGGCUAUUUAUACACAGCUGCACAGCAUACCAGAGCCCUGGGGACUGGUAGCAAUUGCAGUAGCCGCUGUUCUAUACGGCUUGAGCAUAUUUGCAUAUUUCCGUGUCAUCUAUGAUGGACCAGGAUCGCCAAGUGAUUAUCCAGAACUACGAUGUGCUCCACAGCCAGACCCAGAACACUAUGGUAGAUCGCCAUACGAUACUGGGGACUACGCCCAUCCGUACACAUUGGAAACACCAAGAGCAACCAUUCCUCCAACAGAAAUAUAUUCGUCACAUACGUUCCGUGAUAACCAGCCGACUUAUAAGCUGUGUCAUGUGUGCAAUACUUGGAAGCCUGAUAGGUGCCAUCAUUGCAAUAGUUGCAAACGAUGCGUACUCAAGAUGGACCAUCAUUGCCCGUGGUUUGCUACCUGUAUCGGCUACAAGAACCACAAGUACUUCAUCCAAAGCUUGUGCUAUAUAACCUCGUUUUGCGGCUUGCUUUUGUUGCUUUCUGGCUACGAGUUAUACCGGUUCUUUGCGGACCAGGAAUUCGACUUGCAUUCAUACCUCCUGUUGAACUUGGUAUUCGUGUUUGUCUUGUCCUUUACAUUCUACGUUGCAGUGGGCAUCUUUUCUGCAUUCCUGGUAUACUUGAUGGUCCGCAACUACUCAACAAUCGAGUUCCAAGACAGCCGGUGGAACUACUCUGGAGAUGACGCCCAAUAUGAGUUCGAUUCAAACGGAAAGAGAAAGAAAUUGGGACAUCUCUAUGACUUGGGUAUCAAAAAGAACAUCCGUGCAGUGAUGGGAGACACCUGGGCAGCAUGGCUCUUGCCAAUUAGAGUGACAACGGAAUCCUUACUGGCAGGAACUAGAAAUGGCGUACACUUCGAGAUAAAUGAAGACGUUUACGAGAAAAUGUGUACCAACGCCAAGCUCCAAGCUCAGCUUAACAGACAACUUGCCGAGUACAGAGAACGGACACACCACGGAAAUGGCACGCAACAGCAACAAGAUAUCGUGUAA